AUGGGAGCAGCCUUAGGAACAAUUUUCUUCUUUGCUAUCCUCCAGCUGGUAACUGUUUUCAUCAUCUUCAGAAGAAAAAACUCUGCUAUGCAAAAUGUCGCGAUAGCUUUGACAAGCCCAAAUCCAAAGGGCUUAAUUGUGUUCUCCUUCUCAGAAAUCAAGAGCCUGACCGAGGAUCUCAAGAAUCAAAUUGGGCAAAAUAUGUUCAAGGGUGUGCUACUAAACAAUCACCUGGUUGCGGUUAAAGACCUGGAUGCAUCCAUAGAAGAAAGGAAGUUCCGGAGUGCUGUUCUGAAGUUGGGCAACAUCCACCACAAGAACCUUAUGAAGCUGGAAGGCUAUUGUUGUGAGUUUAGUCAUAGAUUUUUAGUGUAUGACUAUGCCAAGAACGGUUCUCUAGAUAACUACAUGGAGGAUUCCACUCUUUGCAAGAGGUUAACUUGGAGAAAGAGAGUUGAAAUAUGCUCAAGUGUGGCAAAGGCCAUUUGUUAUUUGCACACUGGGUGUAGGGAGUUUCUGAGUCAUGGUAACAUAAAAUGUGAGAAUGUCAUGUUCGAUGAAAACUCAGUGGCCAAGGUGAGUGAAUAUGGGUUUUCUAUAGUAGAUGGUAAGGCCGCAUAUUGUGGCUUUUCAGCUGAGAAAGAUGUAAGGGAUUUUGGUAAGUUGGUAUUAACCUUGUUAUUAGGGUGUCAAAAUGAUGAACAACUUGGUGAGUGGGCAUAUACUGAAUGGAUGGAAGGAAGGAAAACUAAUUUGGUUGAUAAAAGACUUGAUGGUGUUAUCAAUUCUGAGGAACUUGAACGUUUAUUAAGAGUCUCAUUUUGGUGCCUUCAAAUGGAUGAACGUAGAAGGCCUUCUAUGGAGGAGGUAGUGAGAGUACUAGAUGGUACAUUGAAUGUUGAUCCACCACCACCACCCUUUGUCUAG